AUCACAGGCGCGCUGCGAACAGUAGACAGCGGUGAUUACAGCGGGAGGAAUGGGGGGUGCUGUCAUGAGGCACUAAAGACCACUGGGAGUGGGUAAGGAUGUGAUGGGGAACCCGAGGAUGGCGAUAGGAGAGUCCGGAGCGGGGAGGUCUUGGGGAGCGGGAAAAGGGAACCCUAGGGCUGAGUCAUGGGGCGAUGGGGAAAUCCCAGAGGAGGAAUGGUGAUGGCACAGGACCCGAUGGCCCCAAGCGCCCGAGCGAAGGCGGGGUGAGGCAGGGUAGCCACCGCACCCCUCUUCCUUCAGCUGGCACCCUGAAGCUCCCGGCGAGGGUCAGAGUUCACACCCGCAGGUCGGCUUGCCUGACUGCGGAAUCUUGAGGUCCCUGCGAAUCCACCGCCACCAUAGAGACGACGCACGUACGCACGGCCAAUAGGCGGGGCCGAGCAACCCAAACGUACAGAGCGCGGCGCGGUUGCCAGGGCAACUGUGGGCGGGGCGAAUCGGCCUGCGAGGGGUGAGCCUCUCCGUGCUAGGCGCCGUUGCUAGGGCGACGGUUAGGCAGGAGCGGCGGCAGCAAGGCUGGGAAGCUGCUUGAAACCCCGGGGUUGGAGCGACCGCUGCGGCGAUGGCUCACGAAGGCUCGAGGCAGAUCCGGGACCGCGGGGUGACCCGAUCCAAGGCGGAAAAAGCGCGACCGCCUACGGUUCAGGUACCACAGGUGGACAUCGUGCCUGGGCGGCUCACGGAAGCGGAAUGGAUGGCGUUCACGGCCCUCGAGGAGGGAGAGGAUGUUGUGGGGGACAUCUUGGCUGAUCUGAUGACGCGAGUAAUGGACUCUGCCUUCAAAGUCUACCUGACCCAGCAGUGCAUUCCAUUCACCAUCAGUCAGGCCCGGGAGGCGAUGUUGCAGAUCACCGAGUGGCGCUUCCUGGCCAGGGACGACGGAGAAUCUGCAGUGGCCGAGGACCCCACGUGGGGCGAGGACGAGGAACCUUUGGCAUGCGCGACGGAUGCCUGGGCUCAGGGAUCAGUGCCCGUGCUGCAAGCGCCCGCCUCUGUGGGGCUGGAGGAGAUCUUCCAAGGCGAAGACCGAGGGAGCGUGGACCAGAUCUCUUUAGGAAGAUCGUGGACGGCGAGAGGCUCUCAGGAGCAGAUGGAAUCUUGGGAGCCUUCUCCAGAGCUGCGAGUCACUCCGGGCCCCCCACCUACCCCAGAGCUGUUUCAGGAGACAGGGACCGAGGGCCUUUUAGAGGAACUGGACGUCCAGGCCGGAGACCAUCAGUCUUCGGCUGGAUCCUUGAACUCGAGCAGCCAGCUGUCGGUGGAGAUGGCUCUCGACGGCAGUCCCCCACCUUUUCCGGAUCUGUCCCAGGUAGCCAGCACCCAGGCAUCAGCCCAGAGGGUACCGCCCCGCAGCUCCCAGUUCUCGCUGGAGGACCUCUAUCAUUGCACCGCCCAGCCGCACGCGGCUGGGGACUGGCUGAAGCUCAAGAAGGAGAAAGUGCCCCGCAUGGACGGCCCCUCCUCCUCAUUCGAGCCACAGGAGCCUAGGUGCGCGGACGCGCUGCGGGGCGCGCGUCACUACAGGGUGGGACGCAUGGCCCGGGCGCGCCUGGACCCCGCGCGGCUGCCGCGCCACUGGGUGCGCCCGCUGGCUGAGGUUCUGGUUCCAGACUUCGAGGCGCGCCCGCUGGAAGCCUACCGCGGGAGCAAGAGGGGCGGGAAGACGGAGGCUCGGGCCAGACCCCUAGCACCGGGCCCCAGUGUCCGCGUCUCCCCGACAGUUUUCUUUUCUCUCUCGCCUAGUGCUCCUUUCCGUGUCUUGGGCCCGGGCCCUGCUCUCCAAUCCCCCUCUUUGAGCUUAGGCCCACCGCCGCCAGGCUUUGGGUCAAAGUCGGCCUUUCCCAGCCCUGGGCUUCGCUUUCUUGCCACCCACCCAACCCUCCAGGAUCUGGCCCGGAGCCCCAGCCCUAAACAGUGGCCAGGUGCCAAGUGGCCCAGUGGCUGGGAGGGGGCGGCCGAGUUGCUGGGCGAGAUGUGGGUAGGCCGCUGCCACGUACCUCUGCAUGGCCUUCAUCCCAGGGACCUGGAGGGUCAGGAUCCACACAGGAGGCCUCAGACGGCAUCCCGAGUCCUCGAGGCCACGUCCCAGGUGAUGUGGAAGCCCAUGUUGCUGCCUGAGGCAGUGAAGCUGGCUCCUGGUGUGAGCUUGUGGAACCCAACCACCCAGGUGCUGCUCAGAUCUGCAGUACCCCAGCAGGCAGACACAGAAGGCAGCAUCUCUCUUCCCAUCCAGCAGCACCCCAUCCAGACUGGUGCCCCAAAGCCUCAGGUGACCAUGAGACAGCUAACGAAGAACUCAACACCCAAAGUGUGGCCACUCCUCUCCAAGGACCUGACCCAUUCUGGGUCCUGAAGCUCAGCCAGUACUUUCCUUCUUUCUACUUGCCAGAAUAAACACCUCAGUUGCUUUAA